GCUCGCCCGCCCGCUCCUGUCGGGAAAUGCGCCGGGGGUAGCAGCAGUGUCCAAGCCAAGUCCCAAGUCAAGCUCAACACGUUCUUCUUCGAUUCUGCGUCGUCGAUUCUCAUAUUCUAAAAGGAACAGUCUCCGGAUGUGAGUGUCUCAGGAAACAACUCCAAUCAGGAUGAUCUCAAACAAGAGCGCCAAGCAGGACAAAUUGGCUCGGAAAUUGUUGCCCAACCAAUCGAUUCGCUCCGAUCAAAAGAAACUUUCGUCUCAACAAUGUCGUCCUCCUGCCGUCUGCUCGUUACCUGGCCCUGUUCAGACGGAAAUCGAUUGGUUUGAUUGUUCACAGAACGCCGAAAAGAAAAACGAAGACUGUCUGAAUACUCUAUUCGAAAUAAUCGAUUCACCUCCAUCACCCGUCACGAAAUCAAGGAACAGGGGAAUCAAGACCUCAAAAGGGGAAGGGAAUGUUCGCCAAGAUCCAUCUUCCUCUGAUGCUCGAAUACCCUCCGAUAAUGCAACUUCAUCAACUACUGGCCCGUCAAACAAAGUACUCAAAUUCAUCGAAAAAAAUAAUUCUAAUUAUCUGAAGUAUAAGGCCAAUCCCGAUUUCAUAUUGGGACUCAAUUCGACAUUAAGAUAUCUGGAGAAUUUGAGAUUGAUUUUAGUCCAACUUGGCGAACUAAGUUCCCGGAGUAAUCGACCAGAAGAUGAAGAAGAAGAGCAUGAGCGGGGCGACGCAAAGCUCAAGAAUGACAAGACAAUCGAAAUGAACCGCAUCGAAAACGAGGAAAUCACAAAGAUCCUAAGAGAUUUACAAACCAUCAAAUUCAUUGUUGUCUUCAAGCACCACCAACAUCUCCCGAUCAUCAACUUACUCUCGACUUUUGUCCACGAAAUCAACCAAGCUUUGCAUGACUUGGAUGGCCAACAGCAAUCCAUGAACACCCGGAAAUCCAUCCGAUUGGUCGGAUUCCCCGUCGGAUUGAAUCCACCAUUGAUCAGUAAAUUCAACGUGCGGAGACUGUCUUGUUUCGCCAUUCUGGAUUCCGCAACAGGUAUAGAAAGAUUAAACGAUUUCUUCUCAGCCUGAAUAAGAACUUUCCGGCGGCAUGGACAUCUGGUAAAACGCUUUAUUAUCAAGGCGUUUGGAUAAAUAUUACUCUUUUGAUUCGUUGUGCUGUUGUGUAUACUAUCUGAGCUAUUUUCCCUAAUCAAAAAUCUUCGCAAAUCAAUCUUCUUUCCUACUCGCCUGUGCAAU